AUGCAUUCGAUGCAAUAUACCGAUAUAUCGAUUAAGACUUCACAGUUUCUGCUGAGACUCACGGGAACGUGGAUGAACGAGAGCAACACCAAGGAAAGUCGAAGAAGGUUUGCCAUGUCGUACACCAUUCUAUUGCAUGUUUAUGCUAUGUAUAUCAAUUUAACUGACGUGUACUACACUUGGGGAGACUUGAACCAUUGGUGCUACGCUAUGACUAAUGUACUAUGCAUUAGCCUGGCAUUAUUUAAGACAAUUGCGAUCAGAAUUCGUUGUACAGUUUUAAACGAUAUAAUAAUACUUGCGCGACAGAAUUUCUGGCAUUUCAAGUAUAACCACGAGGAACGAAUGCUGUUGAAAAAGUGUCGAGAAUUUUGCAACUUGUGGACAAUAAGUAUAUGCUGUAUAGCGCAAGCCACUUGGGCUUUUUAUAUUAUUGUACCGAUCUAUGAAAACAUCGGAAGGAAUAAGUCAGACAGGACACAUCCGGUGAAAAUGUGGAUCGAUCUGCCUCUAAGCGAAACUCCGUAUUACGAACUAAUAUUUGCACUUCAGUCACUAACUCUGCAACAAAUUGGCGCCACCUAUGUCUGCCACGACAAUUUCUUAUGCGUCAUGAAUAUGCACGUUAUCUACCAAUUCCGCGUGCUGCAACGCAAGCUGUCAAACCUGUGGAAGGAUUUCGGCGAACAAACGAAUUCUAUCGACUUCACCGAAAAUUGCUAUAUAGCCUUGAAGGAGUGCAUCAAGCAGCAUCAACUGCUGAUCGAAUUCUGUGAAAAGCUCAAGUUCGUUUACAUGCUGCCGAUCCUCAGUGACGUUGUCGCCUUCAGCAUACUAAUGUGCCUCCACACAUACGAGAUACUUUUGGCAGACGUGUCUAUUUUGACGCGCUUCAUUUCCAUCUUCCACAUAGCCGGUAACUUCACCUAUAUAAUUUUCUUCACGUACGUUUGUCACGGUUUGAUGGAAGAAAGUACAAAUAUCGGCAUGGCAACGUAUUCCGUCUGGUGGGAAGUGUUGCCAAUGACAGAAUCUGGCAGGAAGCUACGAAAGGAUAUGAGGAUUAUGAUAAUGAAGUCGUUGCAACCAUGUUACUUGUCUGCUGGAGGAUUCUUUCCUGUGACUUUGCAGACAUCUACUGCUCUUAUAAGUUCUACACUAUCGUACUUCACGCUUAUGAGGGAAUCCUCAAUGAGAAAUUCGAAAGAAUAA